CACGCACGACUGUUGCUACUUGCUAGAAGACUUGAGAGCACGGCAAAAGGCUUACUACUGAAAUUCUGAUCAGCGGUGUUGAUAGUUGGGUUCCGGCGAUGGACGCGAUUGUUCCGGUGGCGAUUGUAUCGGUGAUUCUCGGAGCUAUUAUUGCAUUUCUUGCAUUCGGGAACUAUUUCCGGAAUAGGAAAUCCGAAGUGGAAUCGAUCUCUAAGGCUGAUGCUGUUCAGCCCAAUCAGAAGCCUUCUCCUACUCCGAGGCAUUCGCAGCAGUCGCAUCACACCUCUAAGAAAUCUCAUUCCAAGUCUCACUCUCACGCCGCCGCCGAUAAGGACUCGAACAAACGGCAUCAUCCACUGGAUUUGAAUACUCUAAAAGGUCAUGGAGAUUCUGUCACGGGGAUUUGUUUCUCAUCAGAUGGAUGUAGUUUGGCGACUGCUUGUGCGGAUGGAAUUGUGAGGGUAUUCAAGUUGGAUGAUGCGACAAGUAAAAGCUUUAAGUUUUUGAGGAUUAAUUUACCUGCUGGAGGUCAUACAUCUGCAGUUGCAUUUGCUGAUGAAAAAUCUUCAAUAGUUGUAGCAUGCCCAGCCUUUUCUGGUUCCUCUCUAUACAUGUAUGGGGAACCAAAAGCAGCCACUGAUGGCACACAACAGACCAAGUUGCCUCUACCAGAAAUGAAAUGGGAGCACCAUAAAAUCCAUGACCAGAGGGCUGUCCUCACUCUGUUUAGUACCAAGGCUACUUAUGGUACUGCUGAUGGGAGUACAAUUAUUGUUUCGUGUUCAGAAGGUACUGAUGUUGUGCUUUUUCAUGGAAAAACUGGAAAGCUCUUGGGUAAUGUUGACACAAAUCAGCUAAAAAACCACAUGGCCACUAUCUCUCCUAAUGGGCGUUUCAUUGCUGCUGCAGCUUUCACUGCUGAUGUUAAGGUCUGGGAAAUUGUGUACUCAAAAGAUGGUUCAGUGAAGGAAGUGUUGAGAGUUAUGCAGCUCAAGGGGCACAAGAGUGCAGUGACUUGGCUCUGCUUUACUCCAAAUUCAGAACAAAUAAUUACUGCAUCCAAGGAUGGUUCUAUUAGAGUGUGGAAUAUCAAUGUGCGUUAUCAUCUUGAUGAGGACCCCAAAACUUUGAAAGUGUUUCCUAUUCCACUUCAUGAUGCAAACGGCGCGACUUUACACUAUGACCGCAUGUGCCUUUCACCUGACGGUAAGAUAUUGGCAGCUACUCAUGGUUCAACAUUGCAAUGGUUACAUGCUGAGACAGGGAAGGUUUUGGAUACAGCUGAGAAACCCCAUGAUGGUAACAUCACAGACAUGGCUUGGUCACCUCGCACCAUCCCUUCAGGAGACAAGCAAGUUUUUGUUUUAGCCACAUCGAGCGAUGACAAGAAAGUGAAACUUUGGGCUGCACCAUCACUACAAACUUAAAAAACCACAGGUGCAUCCCAGCUAAUCAUGACGCAGAAGCUUCAAGUUUUCUGGUACUGACCUCUAUACAAAUGCAACCUCUGACCACUAAACCGGUGAAUGCAAGUUGAGAGAGCAGUUCAUAGGCUGAGAAGUUGAGUCUAGCACAAAUUGGCUUCUUUAUUUGCAGGCUAUCUUUCCUUUAUAUUGCAGAUGAGAGUAUGGUAUUCAAAAAUUUUGUAUGCAAAGAUGUUAUGAUGAGUGGUUCUUGGUUUGCUGUUGAAGUUUAGUUGGUGCCAAUGAUACUGCAGAAGUUCAGUUUAUUAUAUUAAAUUGUUCACCUUAAAUCAGUGUUUUCCGCAAUUAAUUUUCACCAUAAAACA